AUGGCUAAAUGUGUGUUAGUUAGAAGUAAAAAAGACUUUCAUAAUACAUUAAACCUUUAUAUGCAGGCUAUACAAUUUGAUCAUUGUGAUGGGCUUCAAAUAACUGGACUCACUCACAUCAAUGGGCCUGGACCACAUAUUGGUGUGACUGAUAGCAAUGACGUAACUAUUUCAAAAAUUAACAUUAACUCACCACCAGAAAGUCACAACACUGAUGGAAUCGAUUUAACUAGAACAACUCGAGUCAAUAUUCAUGAUUUUUCAAUAAAUUGCGCCGAUGAUUGUGUUGCCAUCAAAGGUGGAGCACAAUUCGUAAACAUAAGUCAAAUUACAUGUGGACCUGGCAAUCACGGCAUUAGUGUUGGGAGUUUAGGAGGACACGGUUCAGAAGAAUUUGUACAUGAUUUGCAUGUAAAAAACUGCACAAUCGAUAGAGCUGCUAGUGGUGUUAAAAUCAAGACAUGGCCAGGUGGAAAAGGAUAUGUCUCAAAUAUUAUCUUUGAGGAUAUUAAUGUAAUUCAAACAAAUUUCCCUGUAAAUAUUGACCAACAUUAUAUGAGGACACCAGAACAGUCUCAAGCAUUAAAGAUAAGUAAUGUGACAUUCAGUAAUAUCUAUGGAACAUGUGUUGGUGAAGAUGCUGUUGUGUUGGAUUGUGCCAACAUAGGAUGUCAAAAUAUUAACCUUAAUAAAAUCAACAUUGUUUCAAUUGAUCGAAAGAAACCAGCUUCUACAAAAUGCAAAAAUGCUCAUGGAAAAGCUACUAAUAUUAUUUCACCUAAAGGGUUUUGUGUUAAUUAAUAAAGAGACUCAUUUUGUUUACCUCAACAAAAUAAAUUAAUGGUUGUUGUUGUUGUUGUUGUUCAAGUAGAUGAAGAACCUUAGCUGCA